AUGCUCCGGGUCGUUCUUGCAGCUGCUGCUGCCGCCAGCGUGGUGCUUGCUGUGCCGCAAGGUAUUAACUUUCAAGCUGUGAACGAGGCACCAACACCAACACCAACCGCUCAAGGUCCGCCUAUUGCUGCUGUCAAGGAGGUACCGACCUACAAGCCCGCCGCCGCCGCCCAGGAAGCUGCUGCAGAUGCCGCUGCCGACCCAGUAACGGCAGAGAAGCGUUCGCUGUUUGCUCGUGCUGCCUGUGACCGUCAGCCUCAAGGUGCUGGCCCAGUCACUUCGCCAGAUACCGCGCAGGAUUUUUUGGCCAACAAACAGUACAGUGACAUCGCCAAUGGUGCUGCGACACCACAGGGUUACUCUCUCGUCUUCCAGGACCUUCAAGGAGCCACUCAGCAGAAUGGAUAUCUGGGCUUCUACACUCUGAACAGUUACGACACCAUUAAGUGCCAGCAGCUCUGCGAUAGCACAGCCACAUGCACUGCAUUCAACACCUACAUCGAGAGAGACCCAUCCCUCGAGCCAGGUGCCGAUUGCCCCAACCCACCAAGCACUGUCAACUACAAGUGCUCGCUCUACGGCCUGCCAGUCAGCAACACCACCGCAACCAACACAGGCCAGUGGCGAGCCGACUUCCAAGUCGUAAUCACCGGCUCCAACGGCUAUCUGAAGAACGCUCCACCACCAUCAUACCCUGGCUUCAGUGGCCCAGAGGCUCUAGGCGGCGCCAUCGACGUCCCCGUCGCUGAGGGCAAUGGCUCAUACCUUGGUGUGAAGAUUUACCCAGGCCCAUACGAUCCCGGCCAGUGUGUCGGCGCAUGCCAGGCGACGACCGAUUGCAACUUCUUCAACUCGUACAUCUUGAGUAAGAACAACUCACCGGUCGGCACUUACUGCAGCUUCUACGACCGAGCUUGGGACCGGAGCUAUGCGACGAACUUUGGACAGUAUGAUCAAGAGGGAAACUAUUAUUCUGUCAGCAGCUCGUAUAGCUACACCUUGACGAACUAG